UGUUUUAUUAUUUUUUGAAACUGGGCUUGCUAUAUAUAGUCCAGGCUGGCAUCAAACUCUUAGGUUCAAGUGAGCACCCUGCCUCAGGCCGUCGGGUAGCUGCCGGUUUUUGUACCUUUUUGAGGUUAGGAGACAUAUAUGGUUUAGUAAAAUGGUUACUACAGAGGAACAAAUUAGCAUAUUCAUCGUCUCCCAUAGUUACUCAUGUUCCCCUGUGGAAAGAGCAGCUAGAAUUUCAUUUAGAGAGAGAAAAAAAAAAAAAUCCUGAAUCCACAAACAAAAAAUUUGAAGAUCCGACCCUCAGCUGUCGGAACUCAGUCACCAUAAUCUCAGUGCAGACGGACUGUCCACUGUGGAUCUAUUCUUCCCAUUCAUUGGUAUUUUAAAAUACUGCAUUAGAAUAUUAUCUUGAUGACUAACUUUCUGCGCUCGAGGCGCUCAGUCCAGUCCCGGCUCUUCUGUUUCACCUUUUCCGGCUGCAGCUGGCUUGCCCCUGGGGAAACUGAGGCCCGGGGUGGCGGGGAGCUCCCGGCACAGACUGGCUGCCGACCUUUGCUUAUCGGCCACAGUCGAGGCCGCUCUUUAAGUCGCCCGCCUGCCGGAGACCUUUCCCGGGUGGACGCCCCGUCUGCACUGCGGAGAUAGCCUCGCCGCUGGCCGCAGUGACCUUUCGUGGCCGGCGGAGCGGCGCGGCGCGGGGACCAGAAUCGAACCCGCUCCGGCACCCGGGGCCGCUCCACCCACCAGGACUGACGUAAUCGAACUCCGAGUCUGGCCUCCGGCGCGGCCGAUGUCACAAAAGGGCAGCGCCACGUCACUGCAUUCCUUGGGAGGCGAAGGAGCGAGAAGUUUGUGUCCCACCCAAGGCGAAAGAAGCCUCCCCGGUCUCCUUUCUCAUUAGGGAAGUUCCUCUAGGUAGGAACGCCUAAGACGCCAGGCGUCCAGCGCAUGCGUCCAGCGACCGGCCAGAGAGCGCGGUAAACCGUAGGGACAGACUGAGAUUUUGUUAGUCCAACCAGAAAGCCGGCUUUAGAGCGGCAACCCAAUGCGGCCUCACAGGUCCCACCCCUUUAUUCCUAGUUCGCUGCUCGCUGCUCGCUAGCGGGAGUGACUGCUCCGCGGCCUUCGAAGGCUCAGCUUCCUUGACGGACAUCCACGCCAACGAACUGCAGCGCGGAGAAGUCGAGCGAGUGUUGAAAAGCAUGGACCGGAGCCAAUAGCUUACGGUCAGGAUCGGCACCGUCCAAUCGCUAUUCCUGGCACCGCCAAUCACCCUGGGCCCCGCCCCUGCCCGUGACGUAGGUAGGGUGGGUAGCAACAGUUGCCCCGGUGAGGGAAACGGAGGCGCCAUAGCCACGGUAGUCGUGGCGACCAAGCAACCCGGCAACGCGAGUCAACAACAACAAGCGCCCGGCCGACCCCCGCCCCCAGGCCCCCGCCUGGCCCGGGGUACCCGGGCCGCUCCGUUCCCCGCUGCACAUCGCCCCCGUGACCUCCGCAAAGCCCUUCCGCGGACACAAGUGGGGAGAAGCCUAGGAAAAGGAAAAAAAAAAAAAAAACGCCUUAUUUAUUAUCAUUUCACUGUUGGCAUGGCAACACAGGCCUAUGUUACUGAGCUGCAGGCAGCCCCACAAGCAUCCCAGCCACCACAGGCCCCUCCCCAGGCCCCGCCCCAGCCACCACCCCCAGCAGCAUCCCAACCUCCCACUGCAGCUACCCCCCAGUCCCAGUAUGUCACUGAGCUGCAGAGCCCCCAGCCCCAGGCACAGCCUCCUGGCAGCCAGAAGCAGUACGUGGCAGAGCUCCCAGCUGCCCCAACGCCUGCGCAGCCUGCUGCACCUGCUCCUUCCCCUGCACCUCAGCAGUACAUCGUGGUCACCGUCUCAGAAGGUGCCAUGAGGGCCAAUGAGACUGUAUCGGAGGCCAGCCCAGGUUCCACGGCCAGCCAGACCGGUGUCCCCACCCAAGUGGUGCAGCAGGUGCAGGGCACCCAGCAGCGGCUACUGGUACAAGCAAGCGUGCAGGCCAAGCCAGGCCAUGUGUCUCCGCUCCAGCUUACCAACAUCCAGGUACCACAGCAGGCUCUCCCCACACAGCGUCUGGUGGUACAGAGCACUGCGGCAGGCACUAAGGGUGGCCAGGUCUCCCUGACUGUGCACAGUACCCAGCAGGUGCAUGCUGCCCCUGAGCAGUCACCAGUACAGGCCAACAGCUCCACCAGCAAGACAACUGGGGCCUCCGCAGGCACUGUGCAGCAACUGCAGGUCCACAGCGUCCAGCAGAGUGUCCCUGUCACCCAAGAGAGGUCCGUGGUCCAGGCCACUCCACAGACACCAAAAGCUGGCCCCGUGCAGCAGCUGACCGUGCAGGGACUGCAGCCAGUUCACGUUGCUCAAGAGGUGCAGCAGCUCCAGCAGGUACCUGUCCCACACGUGUACUCCAGUCAGGUGCAGUAUGUGGAGGGCGGCGAUGCCAGCUACACUGCCAGUGCCAUCCGCUCCAGCACCUAUCCUUACCCUGAGACGCCACUCUACACGCAGCCAGCAGGAACCAGCUACUAUGAGGCUUCAGGGGCAGCUGCCCAGGUCACCACACCAGCCACCUCCCAGACUGUGGCCAGCAGUGGCUCGGUGCCCAUGUAUGUGUCUGGCAGCCCGAUUGUCGCCAGCUCCAGUAUCAGUGGGGCUGGGGCCAGCAACAGCAGCACGGGUGCUGCGGCUGGCGGGGGAGGUGGCAAUGGCAGUGGCGGCAGCAGUGGCAGUGGUGGCGGCAGCAGUGGAACAGGCACCUACGUGAUCCAGGGCGGCUACAUGCUGGGCAGUGCCAGCCAGUCUUACUCCCAUACCACCCGUGCCUCGCCAGCCACGGUCCAGUGGCUCCUGGACAAUUACGAGACAGCUGAGGGUGUGAGCCUGCCGAGGAGCACCCUCUACUGCCACUACCUGCUGCAUUGCCAGGAGCAGAAGCUGGAACCAGUCAACGCUGCCUCCUUCGGCAAGCUCAUCCGCUCGGUCUUCAUGGGUCUUCGGACACGCCGCCUGGGCACCAGGGGCAACUCCAAGUACCACUACUAUGGCCUGCGCAUCAAGGCCAGCUCGCCCUUGCUGCGGCUGAUGGAGGACCAGCAGCACAUGGCCAUGCGAGGCCAGCCCUUUUCUCAAAAGCAGAGGCUUAAGCCCAUCCAGAAGAUGGAGGGUGUGGCCAAUGGUGUGGCUGUGGGGCAACAGAGCUCCGGGCUGGCAGACAUCAGCGCCCAGGUGCAGCAGUACCAGCAAUUCCUGGAUGCCUCCCGGAGCCUCCCUGACUUCACUGAGUUGGACCUCCAGGGCAAAGUCCUGCCUGAGGGCGUCGGCCCUGGGGACAUCAAGGCCUUCCAGGUCCUAUACCGAGAGCACUGUGAGGCCAUCGUGGAUGUCAUGGUGAACCUCCAGUUCACAUUGGUGGAGACACUGUGGAAGACCUUCUGGAGGUAUAACCUCAGCCAACCCAGUGAGGCACCACCACUGGCCGUGCACGACGAGGCAGAGAAGCGGCUACCCAGGGCCAGCCUGGUGCUCCUAUCCAAGUUCCAGCCCGUGCUACAGUGGACCAAGCACUGUGACAACGUGCUAUACCAGGGCCUGGUGGAGAUCCUCAUCCCAGAUGUGCUACGACCCAUCCCCAGUGCCUUGACCCAAGCAAUCCGGAACUUUGCCAAGAGCCUAGAGAGCUGGCUCACCCAUGCCAUGGUGAACAUCCCAGAAGAGAUGCUGCGGGUGAAGGUGGCAGCAGCUGGCGCUUUCGCGCAGACGCUGCGGCGCUACACGUCGCUCAACCACUUGGCACAGGCGGCGCGGGCUGUGCUGCAGAACACAGCACAGAUCAAUCAGAUGCUGAGCGACCUCAACCGAGUCGAUUUCGCCAACGUGCAGGAGCAGGCCUCGUGGGUAUGCCGCUGCGAAGACCGCGUGGUGCAGCGUCUGGAGCAGGACUUCAAGGUGACACUGCAGCAGCAGAAUUCGCUAGAGCAGUGGGCAGCCUGGCUGGACGGCGUCGUGAGCCAGGUCCUCAAGCCCUACCAGGGCAGCUCCGGCUUCCCCAAGGCCGCCAAGCUCUUCCUCCUAAAGUGGUCUUUCUACAGCUCCAUGGUGAUCCGGGACCUGACUCUGCGCAGCGCCGCCAGCUUCGGCUCCUUCCACCUCAUCCGGCUGCUCUAUGAUGAGUACAUGUACUACCUGAUCGAGCACCGCGUGGCUCAGGCGAAGGGCGAGACACCGAUCGCGGUCAUGGGCGAGUUCGCUAACCUGGCCACCUCACUGAAUCCCUUGGACCCGGACAAAGACGAGGAGGAAGAAGAGGAAGAAGAGAGCGAGGACGAGCUGCCACAGGACAUCUCCCUGGCGGCCAGCGGAGAGUCGCCCGCGCUGGGCCCUGAGACGCUGGAGCCGCCCGCCAAGCUGGCGCGGACCGAGGCGCGAGGCCUCUUCGUGCAGGCGCUGCCCUCAAGCUAAGGUCGCGGCCUCCCCAGCCCCUCCGCCUGCCCUCCCCAGCCGCCCCUCCACACCAGGGUCCCCCAGCUUCUGUGGCUUUGCUAUCACCCCUCCAGCCCAGGAGGAGACCUCAGAUGGGAAGGCCAGGGGCCCCGUCCCCACAUUGGGCCGGCACAAUCAUGGGCUGGGUGGAACCACAGCUGCAAACCCUGACACAAAAGAUGUGCCUUAAGGAACCUUGCCGUGCCCAGGUGCCCCACGCCUUCCCCGCAGCCCGGUCCCCGCCGCCCCAGGGGGCAGCAGGCCGGCCCCCUCCCCUGUGGAACUGUUAACUUAUUCUGCUGGCUGGCUUUGCACAGCCUGUUGGGACAGACUGGAGCCCUGGCAGGCGCAGAUGGGCGGCGCCUGGGGACCCCCACUGUCAGCAGCAGCCCCUAGACCCCACUCCCAGCAGCCCCACUGCUCCCCUUCUUGGUAUAAGUGCAAUUAAAUCUGUGGGUGUGCAUCCUCUCCAGAGCGGGGACCUCUUGGUCCCGCAGUGCAGAGGGGCGGAUGAAUGCGGUAGGGCGUAGGCCUCCAGCUUCCAAAGAGGAGCAUCCCUGCGGACCUGGUGCUCCAGACCUGAGGCCGUGCCCAUGCCCUCAACCCCGCAGGCUUGUGACAGAACCUUCUCCCAGAGACGCUUCUCCUCUGUGCCGUGGCCCCCCCUUUAACUAUUGUGUGAUUCGUGAGCGCCGCUUGAGCGGAGCCGGUAACUUGUUGGGUUUUUUUCCAACCAUCAUGGCCUUAUCUGUUCCCGUUAUCUCAGUGUCUUCAAUCUGUGAUAGAUGUUUAUGACAAAAAAGCGGGGGAGGGGGGAGAAAAAAAAAAGGAAAAUCUGGCUAUUGUAUAAAAAAUCACUAUUUUGUGUGCUCUGUGUGCUACAGCUUUUGGGGUGGUCGUGCACACUCCCCAAUGCCCAUGGGGCCUCCCUUCCCCAGCAGUGAAAGUGUCCAUGCGUGUGGUAGUUUAGUGUGCUGUUUUCUACCUUUUGUAGUCUUUCUUAAAACAAUAAAUACCACUGUAAUCUUUGUC